UGCCGUGAGUGUCCCUCCUGCCUCCGCUCUGCCCAGCCCCGAGGCUGCUCCAGCCCAGCAUCAGGUGCAUGGCUGCUUCUCACCUUCUGCUCUCUUUUCCCCUUGCCCAGGCCACGACGCUGCACGCCAGCAGCCUGCAGAGGCUGGUCCAGGGCCAGGCACAGGCUGGUGCAGAGCAGCGGCCACCUCCCGUCCCCUCCGGCGGCAGCAGCGAACGUGGCCUUGGCCCCUCGGCUGGCGGGACCCGCAGGAGGAGGAGGGGGCUGCCCUGGCCCUUCGCACGGCGGCGAGGCAGCUCGGCCGCUGCAGAGGCAGCCGGGCAGUCGGGCUCUGGCGGCAGGGGGGCUCUCUUCGGCCAGCCCCUGGCAGCUCUCUGCAGCCAGGACGGCACGCUGCCCCAGCCCAUCCAGGACCUGCUGGCUCUCCUGGCCGAGCACGGGCCAUCCACGGAGGGGAUCUUCCGGCUGGCGGUCAAGGAGCACGUCUCCCGGGAGCUGAGGGAGGCCCUCGACAGCGGAGCAGAGGUCCACCUCGAAAGCCAGCCUGCGCACGUGCUGGCCGUCCUCCUGAAGGACUUCCUGCGGAAGAUCCCCUCUAAGCUCCUCGGGGCAGAGCUGUACGAGGAGUGGAUGAGCGCCCUGCAGAAGACCAGCAGGCAGGAGAAGCUGGCAGCACUCAGGGAGGUGGCCGGCAAGUUGCCCCAGGCCAACCUCGUGCUCCUCAAGAGCUUGCUGUCCCUGCUGCAAAGGAUCAGCAGAAACGCGGCCAGCAGCAGGAUGACUGCCGGCAACCUGGCCAUCUGCGUGGGGCCGAACCUGCUCAGCCCACCCGAGGAGCAGACGCUGCCCCUGGACGCCCUGGUGCAGGUGACGGGGCAGGUGACAGGGCUGGUGGAGUUCCUCAUUGAGCACCACGGGGACCUCUUUGGGGAGGAGGUGGCCGGGCUUGCCGGCACAUCGGCCGAGGAGUCGCCGGCACCAGGGCCGGAAGCAGAGACAGCAGAGCGUAAAGUGGUGACGCUUGGCUUUGAGCCACAAUCCAUGCCAAGGGACUGA